AUGUGGUACUUGGAGAUGUUGAGCUGGCUCCUUCCUCCCAUGUCCCUGCACACACACAGGGGCGGGUGGUGCGGGCGGGAGCGGGAGGCAGGGCUGAGCCCCGGCGGUGGCGGGGCUUCCCCCACUCCCUGCCUGCCCGCCACCGUGCCCGAGCCGCUUCUGUUGCUGGGCUGCUGCCUGCGGCCGCAGGACCCGGCCGAGCCAGGCCGAGGGGAGCGGGGGCGGCUGCUAGCGGCAGCCGAGAUGAUGGCGGAGGGCGACGGCGGACCGGCGCGGAGGAAGGCGCUGUCGCUGCUGGAGGCAGCCCGCUCCCGCUACGAGAGCUUGCAGAUCUCUGACGAUGUCUUCGGGGAGUCGGGACAGGACAGCAGUGGCAACCCCUUCUACAGCACCUCCCCUGACUCCCGCUCCGCCGCCUCUUCCCAGGACGAGGAGGACGACGAGGAGGAUGAGGGGCGCCCGGAGGGGCCAGGGCCGCGGGGCCGGCUGGCUCGGCGCCGCACCCUUAGGGCGGCGGCCACUCCGGCGGAGCGGCGGCGGCAGCGGCAGAUCGGCGGAGGCAGCGCUGUCCCAGGCGGCCCCGGCCCAAUGGAGGAGGAGGAGGAGGAAGGGGAGAAGGGGGGCUGGACCCGGUCGCUGCGAGACGUCCCACCCCCUCAUUUCAAGGAUGGCAGCGGUCCGACACGGAAAAUGCCGCUGACCGCAAGUGCCAUGGACUUUUUUCAACUCUUUGUCCCUGACAAUGUGCUAAAGAAUAUGGUGGUCCAAACCAACAUGUAUGCCAAGAAGUACCAGGAGAGGUUCGGCAGUGAUGAUGCCUGGAUCGACGUCACUUUGUCCGAAAUGAAGGCCUUUUUGGGCUACAUGAUAUCAACCAGCAUCCACCACUGUGAGUCUGUUCUCAGCAUCUGGAGCAGCGGCUUCUAUAGCAACAAGAGCAUUGCACUCAUCAUGACACAGUCACGGUUUGAGAAGAUCUUGAAGUACUUCCACGUUGUGGCCUUCCGCUCAAGCCAGACAACACACGGCCUCUACAAAAUCCAGCCUUUUCUGGACUCCCUGCAGAAUGGCUUUGACUCUGCUUUCAGACCUUCACAAGCCCAGGUGCUACAUGAGCCCCUGAUUGAUGAGGAUCCUGUUUUCAUUGCCACGUGCACAGAGAGGGAGCUGCGCAAGAGGAAAAAGAGGAAAUUCAGUCUCUGGGUUCGGCAGUGCUCAUCCACUGGUUUCAUCUGCCAGAUUUAUGUCCAUCUGAAAGAAGGAAGUGGUGCUGAUGGUCUGGAUGCUUUGAAGAACAAACCACAGCUUCACAGUAUGGUGGCCAAAAGCCUUUGUCAGAAUGCUUCUGGGAAGAACUACAUCAUCUUCACUGGCCCAAGCAUUACCAGCCUGAAUCUCUUUGAAGAAUUUGAGAAGCAAGAGAUUUACUGCUGCGGGCUGCUAAGCACCAGGAAGAGUGACUGCACAGGCCUACCUCCAUCCAUGCUGAACAACCCUGAAACUCCCCAGUCCAGAGGACAGUACAGAAUAAGAAUGAAAGGAAACAUGUCCUUGAUCUGCUGGUACAAUAAAGGGCACUUUCGUUUUCUGACAAAUGCCUAUUCACCAGUUCAACAAGGAGUCAUAAUUAAGAGGAAAAGUGGAGAAAUCCCAUGCCCGUUGGCAGUUGAAGCCUUUGCUGCUCACCUUAGCUAUAUCUGCAAAUACGACGACAAGUACAGCAAGUACUUCAUUUCUCACAAACCAAACAAGACCUGGCAGCAAGUAUUCUGGUUUGCCAUCAGCAUCGCUAUAAACAAUGCCUACAUCCUCUACAAAAUGUCUGAGGCUUACCACGUCACAAGGUAUAGCCGCGCACAGUUCGGCGAAAGACUCGUAAAGGAGCUCCUGGGCUUGGAGGACACCUCAUCCUCCCAUUGAUGCAUUGUUCCUGGGGGUACAGGCAGGGGAUGGAGGGUAAGCAGAAGAAGAUACCACACCUGAAACAGCAAAGCAAAGAACUUGUGAUGCCACAGGGCUGUCCUUAUCCAAAAACGCCAAGUGAUGCCACUAGAGAGGUCAAAACUUUGUUCCUAGAAGCAGCCGGAUGUAAACAGGUCCUGCAGAAAGUGCCACUGAAAGGCUAACACACAACUGCAUAUGCGAAUGCCCUGUGGGACUCUGUACAC